UACCAAGCUGAUCCUGACGAAGGUUCUGCUCUGCUUGAUUUGCUAAAGGAUUUGAACGCCGAAUCAAGAAAAGCCGCCCUGGAGACAAAAAUCAAAGAUGGUGACGACCUUGCCACUCCUCUCAUCAUCGCUGCUCGUGAUGGAAAACUGGAUUUUUUGAAAGUUCUUCUACGUUAUGAAGCAAACAUUGAGGCCCGUGGAACGAUUAAGAUCGAGAGUGGUGAAUUUUCAGAAGUUGUAGAGGAUUGCACAGCUUUGUGGAUCGCUGCUGUUAAAGGUCAUUUUGAUGUUGUGAGACUCUUGAUCGAACAAAACGCCGAAGUCGACAGCAGAACAUCGACAAAUUCGACUCCGUUGAGAGCUGCCGCCUUCAAGGGACACCUUGGUAUUGUGCGCUGUUUGGUUGAGAACGGAGCCGAUGUAAAUGCACGCAAAAAUUUCAAUGAUACUCUUCUGAUGGUAGCAUGUUACAAAGGCCACUUGGAUGUUGCUUCUUAUCUUGUCAAACAUGGCGCAAACAUGAAUUUACAAGACCACCAUGGACGCUCGUGUCUUCAUUAUGCUUCGGAACGGGGUCACGUUCAGUUGGUUUGCGAGUUGCUUGCUUUAGGAGCGAAACAAAUACAAGCUCUUGACCGUUUAACACCACUUCUUGAAGCUAGUGAUGAUUGUAACAUUGAAAUGGUGGAGUGUUUCAUCAACCGACCUGAAUGUUCAAAGGAACAGAGAAUUGAUGCUCUUGAGCUUCUUGGAGCCACCAUUGCUAAUAAUUCUAAAGCUUAUGACAUUGAAAAAGCGUUUAGUUUCAUGAAGCGAGGAAUGGAGGAGAGGUAUGAGAAUCCGUCAUGUCCUUUGCUUAAAAAGAAAAUGGAACCAGUGGAGGCUUAUCAAAAUAGAACAGAAAGUCAAACUCUCGAGGAACUUUCUCUCUUAGAAGGUGAUGAUCUUGCUAUCCAGAUGGAGGGACUUAUGAUUAGAGAGAGAAUCCUCGGAACUGACAAUACAAUAUUACGGAUUCCGAUACGUUACCGAGGAGCUGUCCUAGCUGAUUUUAAGUACGAACUCUGUGUUGGUUUGUGGACGCGAGCAUUGGAGAUAGUUAUGAAUUGCAAUGUUCCAAAAACAAAGGAUCUUGAAAACCUAACUGAUCUAAUUGCAGAAAUGGUGCAAAAGGGUCACAGUUUGAAUCCACAAACUAUCGAGAACAUUUUUGAAAAACUUAUCGAUGGAAAAAGGAAACUGUCCGAAAACUUGAAGCCUGGAGAAUUGGAAGAAGAGCACAGAAAUGAGAUACAAGAGAAACUGCUUUUUAAUGCUCUUUAUCUCUUUGGUGAUGUACACCAAAGUUCAAGUUUCGUUGGAAAUGAAAAAUGGCAACAUGAUUGAUCUUCUUCAAAGAUAUCUGUGUUUUGAACCUCGCACCCGUGAUGGAAAUACUCUUUUGCACUUGGCUGUAUGGCAUAAGACUCCUGUUCGUAAAGACGUUAAUUUACGAGGUGUGUGUAAGCUUCCCUGUGUUGAGACCAUGAAGCUAAUUUUAUAUGCGGGGUGUGAUGUGAAUUCCGUUAAUACCCAAGGGAACACCCCUCUUCAUUUAGCCGUUACUUUUGUACCAGGACCUGAACAAGUAGACAUUUUGAAAGAAAUGCUGGAGUUGUUGUUAGAUCUCGGCGCAGAUACAAAGCUUGUUGACAAGAAUGGUCAAACAGUUAUGGACUGCUGCGAGACUGACGAAGCCCGAGGCAUCCUGUCUGCAAAAGGAGGACUGAGUGCCAUGAACAUCGAGGCCAGAAAGGUAAGAAAGGUUUCAUUUGUAACGCCUUAUAUA